GGCGGAAGCGGCGGGCGCGGCCCGGAAGAGGCGCAGCCGGAGCGCAGCGACCAUGGCCGAGACCGACCCCAAGAGCGUCCAGGACCUGACGGCCGUGGUGCAGACACUGCUGCAGCAAAUGCAGGACAAAUUUCAGACCAUGUCUGACCAAAUCAUCGGAAGAAUCGAUGACAUGAGCUGUCGCAUCGAUGACCUGGAGAAGAACAUCGCUGACCUCAUGACACAGGCGGGGGUGGAGGAGCUGGAGGGGGAGAACAAGACCCCAGCCCCCAACAAGAGCUAAAGUUGCCAAUGCCUCAAGAUGAAUCUUGGAAGUUGACUUUUUCUUUUUUCUACAAAUCCUUGGAAUUACAGAAUGGCUUUUUGCAACUCCUGUGUGUAAAAGCAUUUUUAUAUUGUUACAGAGCUUGCAUUCCUAAUGUACAUUGUAUAGUUGGGGUAGGGUAGUUUAUAUUUUGAUUUGUGUACUGUAAUUUCACUUUUUGAAUUCUUGUUAUGGUUGUGUUAUUAAAACACAGAUCUUAUGGAUCUCAA